AUGUUUAAAAAGACCAACAAAUCAACGGAUAGUGAAGCCCCUUUCUUUUUAACUCUUGAUGGAAAACGAGUAUCAACAUCACCUACAUCAUCUGAAGAUAUUACCUUUCCGUUAAACAGUGGGGACGCUCAUAUAAGUGAAAAUGCAGAUCCAAAAGCUAUUGGAACAAGACUAAAAAAACAACUUGAAGUCAUUUCAGCAUUGGUAAAGGACGUACAUGAAAAAAUAAACAAAAAUCCUUUAGAUACUAAAUUUAUUCAGGAUUCUCUAAAAGAGAUUCUUCGUAGUGUCGAACAAUUUAUGAAUCUACAAAAAGUGGCGCAGAAUUUCGAAUUAUCGGAUGAGAUAGACGAAAUAGGCGUUGGAUUAUGGAACUCAUCGAUUGCGUUGAAAACAAUAAGUGAUUCACGUGGGACUGACGAAUUAAUACCAUUAUUUCGGCAAGUUGGAUUUGCUAUGAUCCGAGCGGGAGUAAGCGAAGAUCCAGAAAAAAAAUCCACAGUAAAAUUGCUUGCUUUGGCAAGUAAAGUAGGCAAAGCUUGGUUAGACUGUGGAAGAAGUGACCAGGCUGAUGAUGUUUUGCGCUCCGCCAAUGAGAUUGAAGAUUCUGUAUUAUCUUUACAAGAUGGAACCGCAAAAGAACAACAUUCAAAAGCGGCUGCGUUGUUAGUAUACUACGCAUAUCGUGCCGAAGCGGCGUGGAAAUUGGCAAAUGUUCACGUUGCUAAUUUAAUGUUUCAGCAUGCAACAGAUAAAAAUUACUUAGAAUAUGUAACUACUAAAGAGAUUGACAUUUUGUGCCAAGUAUGUUUUACGGUUGGUAAUCAAGCGUCACGUGAAGGAAAAACGAAUGAUGCAAUAAAAUGGCUAAGAAAAUGCCAUGAACUGUUAACUGAUGGAACGCCAGUGUCAAAUUCUGAAAGAACUAAAUUACUUACCAAUACCCUAAAUAUUCUUGCGAAUUGCUACUUAAAGAACAUCGUGUAUGAUGAAUCAAAUUUAGACUUGGCUGAAAAUGCAGAAAAUCCCGGUAAUGCCUUGGCAACCUUGUUGAAACUCAAGAUAAUGAAACAAAAGAAUUUCAUCCCAAUCCAAUUCGAAGGAGUAUACUUUCCAUUUAUUAGAAAUAGUCAAGUAACCAAAGAAAAUUUAAAAAUCUUGUUGAAUAUCACACAUUUUAUCAGUGAAAUCAAUGUAAUGACGGCAUUAAGAGGAAUAGAUAUUCUUAUUGAAGAAAAACUUGCUGAUAUGCGAAAUGUCUCAUACAUCGAGAAAGCUAUAAUAAGUAAAUUCCAUAUGCUUGAAAGUGGUAAUUCAAUAAAUUUGGAGAUUAAUGAUAUUAUCUGUAGUAUUGAAGUGACACUAGGAUUUGAACAAAGGCACGGUAUCGUUAUUAGUCAUAGGACAAGAAUUGCAUGUCAACUAAUUCUUUGGCAAAAUGGGGAUCGUAAUUACUCAAAUCAAGAUUACGAACGCGCUAAAAAAUGGUAUUUGAUGGCAUAUAAAUGGUUAUCCUCAACGAAAAACCGUAAUGCCGCAAUUUUACAAAGAAAAAUAGCAUUAUGCUGCCUGGAAGAUGAUGCCUUAUCAGAUGCAAUUGAAGCAGUUCAUAAGGCACAGUUGCACGAAGAUAAUUCCUCCGCAAAUUUUUACAUACUUUACCAUAUCGCUAUGGAAAAACGACAAAAUGAUCAAGCAAUUCGAUAUUUGAGUAAUAUGUGUAAUGGAAAUGGAUUUAACGGAAACAUGCUUGCCAUGGCAGCCCAUGAAGCGUAUAAAAAAGGAAAUAAGGAAAUUUUAAUUGAAACAUUGCAAGAAAUUUUGAAAAAGCAUAAAAAUGGUGAAGACAUAGCGAAUAUUAAUAUUUCCGUAUUAAUUAGAUGUUUGAUUCGAAUGACUCAUAAUUCUUUGUCAAGUAAUGCAGAAAAGAAUUCGCUGAAAGAAUGUAUUUGUAAUUACUUUGAAAUCGCAUCCACUCUUAAUGAUACAACGAUUAAAGAUGUAAAUGAAACCGGAAUAUUUCAGUCAAAGAAAGCACCGUUAAAUGACUUUGAAUGGUUUUUCAAAACAGCAUGGAAUAUUGCAUUAGGAUUCUGUCACCAAUCAGAUAAUGGUAGUGAUUUAUAUGCUGUCAGAUUAAUUGAGAUCUCACAUAAGUUUCUAAAUGAAUACCCCGAAGAAACUAUAGAACACAUAACCCGAAAAAAACUUUGUAUAUUCUUUUCUCUAUGUGGUAAAAUAUUUUUUUCUCGACAAGAAAAAUCAAUAUCUAAAAAGAAAGAAAUUUUAGAACAAGUUUUAGAUAAAGUCGAACAAUACAAGAAAAUAAAAGUAUCGAGCAAGCGGAAAUUUGAAAAUAUUGAAAAUGACGGUCAAUCUUCACAAAAGGAUCUAAUGUUAGUAUUAUUAUUCGAAUACGAAGCAAAAGUAAAAUUGGGUCUUUGGGAUAAAUUACAGAGUGUGAUUAAUACUACAGAGGCAUUUGAUUUUGAGAUACCAUCAAAAAUAUUCGAGCGGAUGGUAGAAUUGUUAAUCAACGAGAGUGACUGUCCGAGUACAAUUAUAAUUUCGACCUUACAGAUUCUUUUAAAUUCUAUAAUGAAACAUAAACAAGCUGAUAUUGAACAGUUUUCAAGAUGGUUUCGAAUGUUGAUUAUAACCGCAAUGUUAAAAAACAAACAAUCAGCUGCCCAGUACUACGUUCAAGUGCUCGAUAUACUAAAUCAAGAAUGUACCAAGGGAAAAUAUCCACCAGAUGAGAUUCAAUGGUUAAUGGUCAAUGCAUGGAAUUGUGGAAUAGAUUAUUAUUCCGCUAAUGAUUUCGUGCAAGCAAAGAAAUGGUGCGAGACAGCAAUUAAUUUUUGUCAAUAUAUUAACAAUGGAAUGCUAUACAAAGAAGAGGUAAUAGUACUUUCGUUUUAUAUUUUUGUAUUUUAUUUUAUUUUCGAUUAUCAAACAUUGAAAUAUUAUAAUAUACGUUAAAAGAUGAGAAAAUCUUAUAAUGAAAUAAUAAAGAAUUACGAUGCCAGUAUUGUUGAAGUAUAAACGAA